AUGCUCAAGAAUAUUGUCAAUUCUGAUCAGCUACACUAUGUGAUUAAUCAGGUAGGUAAUCAAUACCAUUGGCCGCAUGUGCAAAGGUUGUCAUGGUUGUUAUAUGUUGUGAAGUGUUACAAUCUCAGUUUUUCUAUUGUGCCUCACACCACAGUGACAUCUCGACCCCUCUGAUCCACAAUUUUUGUCUACAUAUGUAGAUGACAAAAUGUGUUGAUCAAAGUGUGCAGGAAUGUAACUUUGUGAUUGCUUUGCAUGCAGGGUCAUACUUGACCUUAUCACUAAAGGGUUAAUUCCUUCCCUUCAGUGUUUAAACCAGUUUGAACACCAAUGACUAAUGUCUUGACAACUUUCUCUGAAACUGUCUUUGGGGUUAGGCAAUACAUGUAUUAUUCAUAACCCCUGCCUUCUGGUUGAUGAUCAUGCCCAGGUGUCACAAGAGUCUGGCGAGGCUCCUGACAUCAUCCAGGAAGAGGCCUCUGUCAUUCUGGAGGAGAUGGCCUACCGGCUCCAGAUCAGCACUGUCCGCUUCUUUGCCUUCACCCUCAGUAAGGCCUUCAAAACGCUCUUACAAAAUGUAUGUGUUAACGAGGAGGGUAUCCAGAGAGUGAGUGGCCCUGCCUUCAAUAAAAAACGGUAGCUCAUUUCCUCAUCAGAUUAGUUUAAUGUGUUAAAGCAACUAUUCUGAUUCUGAGUUUUGUUAUAAAUGUAAUGCAAAGUAGUACGUUAAGGAUUAUGGGGCAUGUGGGAUAUUAACUCUUUGCCCUGUUAAUAAAGUUAAUUCAUAUCCACACAUUCUUAAUUUCUUCAGCUCCAACAGGCCAUCCAGGAGCAUCCGGUGGUGCUGCGCCCCAGUCACCGUAGUUACAUGGACUUCCUGUUGAUGUCCUACAUUCUGCACCCCUAUGACCUUGCCCUGCCUGUCAUCAUAGCCGCGGGAAGUAGGGGUGCUGAGGGUGCUGCAGCAACCCCUGCAAAAAUCUGA